AUGCUUCUGCUGGUACUGAUGACCAUCAUUACCUCAUCAUUGACAAAUGCCUUCGAUCCUAAACCUGAUAUUGGACUGCCAUCAGGUUUAGUUCCUGACUGUCCUGGCGCAAUCAAGAAUGCGACAAUAAGAGACACGUCUCUACCCUACCUCCAGGUUACUGUGCAGAGGUUGACAAAUAAGGGCGUUUACACACGCAGCUUGCCCAUCGCAACCGCUCAUAAGAGCAUACUGAGCGAUAAGCAUUUCGAUCUAAAUAAGAAGACGGUGUUUUAUGCGGUGGGGUUUUGGGACAGUUCUGUGUUCCCCCCACAGCAGAGCCAUCGGGAACGUGUACUCGAAGAGGGGUUACAAUGUUCUGGUGACGGAGACGUUCCACUUCCUCACAUAUAUUUAUCCAAAAUAUCCGUUACAGUAAAAGUUGCUAGUUUUAUGUUCUGGCCACGGUAUUCAGCAUUUUCUUAUAACAGAAGGAUAGACAAGUCAGUGCGUCUAGUGCGCAUAAUCGGACGCCGCUUUGGCGAACUCCUUGUGAAAUUGACUCAAGCCGGUCUCCGCCCAGAGAACAUAGAACUGGUCGGAACGAGUCUUGGAGCGCAUAUAGCUAGCCACGCUGCGAAAUACUACAUUUCCGUCAUUGGUAAGAAGCCAUCACGCCUAACCGGUCUGGACCCAGCAGGACCCUGCUUCCGCGGCUUACCAGCUGAAGAGAAAGUGUCCCCCACUGACGCGGACCACGUAGACGUCCUCCACACGAACAUAGACGGCUUCGGGAUAGCUGAACGCCUCGGUCACGUAGACUUUUACGCAAACGGAGGAGAAUACCAACCGGGUGAUAUCCCAUAUAUCCCCUGUCUCGUCAUAUGUAGUCAUUCCAGGUCUUUGUUGUACUGGUGGCAGGCGUUGGAGAAUCCUAAGAGGUUUAUUGGAGUCAAAUGCGGUUCUAUUCAAGAGGCGAGAUCGGCUAACUGCUAUAAUAACACUGAGCUGAAUUAUCUAGGCCUGGACACGAAUUUUAAGAGGUCAGGCAUAUUUUAUUUGCCGACGAACAAUGAGUUUCCGUACCAUAUGGGCAAAGAAGGUCUGAAGCCUGAGAAUGAAAUAUACAAAGCUGUAAGUAGACGAAUCAACGCGGAUGACGAUUUUAGGGCUGUUUGA